CAAAAACCUGAUCGACGGCCCUGAUUUCAUUGCCACUCUCUCUCUCUCUUUCCCUAAAUUUUAUGCGGGACCCCCUUUUUCUGUCUUUCUUUUGUACUUCUCUUUCCUAAAAAAAAAAAGGCAAAAGAAAGAAAAGAAAACUCUUUUCACAAUUCGAUCUUCUACGUAAUCCGAUCCUUCAAUGCCGAUGUGAUUAUUGUGUUGAAAUAUUGGUAAUUAUUUAUGAAAUGGUUGAGUUGUCCUUUCAACGUUUGACACUGUAUUCGGGAUAGUUGCUGGACUCACUGCAACAACCACUGGAGGAAAGAAACUGUAGUGGAUAUGAGUCAAUUCACUUCGGUUUGAGUGGAUGGCUGGAAAUAUGAGAUAUGAAUCAGCUAGUCCGGAGGAAUUAGGUUUUACAGGAAGCUAUCCAAAUGGGCAGAGGGGGAAUUAUUCUACUGUCAGUAUGGAGAGGUCUGGAAGCUUCCGUGAGGGCAGCGAGAGUAGGGCGUUUGGUUCUGGAGCUAGUACACCGAGGGCUAGUGCUUCAUCAGAUGCGGCUUCACUUACUCAUUAUCUGCUGUUGGAUCCUAUCACAAUGGUGGAUCCGAAAUACACCAGGUCAGGUGAGUUUCGGAGGGUUUUAGGGAUAUCUUAUGGGAAUGCCACAGAAGAUAAUUCUUUUGGAGCUGCUCACUCGAAGCUUCCCCCUCCUGUGGCUACGGAGGAACUGAAUCGCUUCAAGAAGAGUGUAUCAGAUGCCACUUUGAAGGCCAGGGUUAGAAUAAAAAAGUUGAACGAAUCCUUACUAAAAUUGAACAAGUUCUGUGAAGCAAUGAAUUUAAAGAAGCAACACCGUAGUGAGAUGUUGAUGAGUGAGAGAUCAGGUGUAUCAAACCUUACAAAGAUGGGAAUUCAGAUUCAUCGCAAUGCUUCUGAUCCCGGAACCCAAAGAUUAGAGGAUCGGACUAAGAAUAUUGUUAUGAAUAAGCGGGUUCGCUCUUCAGUGGCAGAGUUACGGGCUGACGGCCGUAGCAAUACCCUACCAAGGCAGCCAGUGGUCAUGGGGAAAGACAGAGACAUGCACAGGGAUGGCAGUGAAGGUUCUGAUUUACCUGAAGAAAAGUUUCGAAGAGUGCCUGCUGGAGGGGAAGGGUGGGAGAGAAAGAUGAAAAGGAAGCGUUCUGUAGGGUCUGUUUUUGCUAGAUCCACAGAAAGUGAUGGAGAGGUUAAACGAGUCAUACAUCAUAAGUUCAGCAAUGAACCCGGUCUGCAGUCCUAUGAUUGCCAGGGAUUCAGCACAGGAUCUUUUCAUGGGACUGCUGGCGUUAACAAGUUAGAUGGGAGUUUGUCACCAGCCAGUUCAAAUCCACGUUUCAUUCCCAAGAAUGAACCUGAUAAAGUUUCUUUGACAAGGGACUACACCGAUGGCCUGAAUAAGGAGAGACUACUAGCCAAAGCAAACAAUAAGUUAAACAUUAACAAUGACAAUAAUGUAGCCGGUUCAAGUCCUAUGACUAAGGGAAAAGCUUCAAGAGCUCCUCGAACUGGCUCAGUAAUGGCAGCAAACUCUUCUCCUAAUUUUUCUCGUACAUCUGGACCCCCUGAUGGCUGGGAACAAACUCCAAGCAUAAAUAAAGUCAAUUCGUUUGGGGGAACUAAUAAUCGCAAGCGCUCGAUGCCUGCAGGAUCAUCAUCUCCUCCAAUGGCUCAAUGGGUUGGCCAAAGACCACAAAAAUUUUCUCGUACUAGAAGAGUAAAUGUAAUGUCCCCUGUCUCAAACCAUGAUGAAGUGCAAAUGUUUUCAGAAGGGGGACAACCUUCUGAUUUUGCUGCUCGAUUAACUUCUACUGGAAGUAAUGGGUCACUUCUUGCCAAGGAUGUGGCUAAUGGGAAUCAGCUAGUUAAAGUGAAAUAUGAAAAUGUUUCAUCUCCAGCCAGCAGAUUAUCUGAAAGUGAAGAAUCCGGUGCUGGUGCAAAUCAUGAGGGUAGACCCAAGGAGAAGGGAACAAGUAGCGGUGGUGUAGAGGAAAGAUCUCAAAACCAGAAUGUUGGUCCUUCUGUAGUACUCAUGAAAAAGAAUAAAAUGCUCAAUAAGGAAGACACUGGUGAUGGCUUGAGGAGACAAGGAAGGGCUGCUAGAGGUGCAUCAUCUUCUAGGACCAGCAUCUCACCAGUUAGGGAGAAGUUAGAGAGUCCAGGUUCAGCUAAACCAGUUAGAAAUACGAAGCCUGUUCCAGAUAAAAGUGGAAGUAAGUCAGGCCGUCCUCCUCUAAAGAAAAUAUCAGAUCGCAAGUCCUUUACUCGUGGGAAAACAGCAGCUGGUGGUUCCCCAGAUUGCACAGGUGAAUCAGAUGACGAUCGAGAAGAACUCAUAGCAGCUGCAAAUUUUGCUUGCAAUGCUAGCUAUCUUUCAUGUUCCAGUUCAUUUUGGAAGAAAAUAGAGCCGGUUUUUGCUUCUGUAUGCUUGGAGGAUUUAUCCUACUUGAAGCAACAGUUAAGAUCUGUGGAGGUGCUUCAUAAAAGUUUGUUUGAAUUGUCCGGUCAUGGAAAUAAUACGCUGGGUGAUCUUGUGCAUCAUGAAGAUUUUCAGUCUCAACCUUUUGAAGAAAGCGAGAAAAGCUUGCAGGACCAUAUUUGGCCGAAAAAGAAGACAAGUAGAGAUUUGGCUGAUCAAGGUCUGAAUAAUGGACCAUCAGCUGGAAUCAUGGAAGCAAGAAAUCAAGAUACUCCAUUGUACCAAAGAGUAUUGUCUGCUCUGAUUGUGGAAGAUGAAUCUGAAGAAUUUGAAGAAAACAUUGGAGGGAGAAAUCUCUGUUUCCAAAAUAGUAGAUAUAUGUCACCUGGUGAUACUUGCCUUCCUAUUGAUUAUGAGCCUGCAGACAAUCAUGCGAUUGAAUUUGAUUAUGACUCUGUGUUGGAUUUCCAAACUCAGAAGCAAUCUUCUACUGAUGGUUUUUCCUGUAAUGGAAAUGCUCCUACUGAUGGUGUCACUGGUUGUCACAGUCAAUUGUAUAAUGAUGAAUUGUUCCAAGGAGGUCAAGGAUUUAUGCCCUCAGAGAUUGCUAUGUUCCCUGUGCAGUCAGGAGAUAAUGAUGGGAGGCUAGCAGUACAAAUAAAAGCUUCUGGCAUUUCUGCUUUGGACGGCCGAUAUCAGCAGUUGUGUUUGGAGGAGAAACUGCUGAUGGAACUUCAGAGUAUUGGCCUGUAUCCAGAAUCAGUGCCUGAUCUAGCUGAUGGAGACGAUGAAGCUAUAAGUCAAGAUGUCAAUGAACUUCAGAAGGAGCUCCAUCAGCAGAUUAAUAAAAGGAAGGCCCACUUGAACAAGAUAUUUGAAGCAGUUCAAGAAGGCAAGAAACUGGAAGGAGGGGCCCUUGAGCAGGUUGCAGUGGACAGACUAGUUGAGCUGGCUUACAAAAAGCUUCUGGCUACUAGAGGAAGCUGUGCUUCGAAGUUUGGUGUUCCUAAGGUUUCAAAACAAGUUGCCCUGGCAUUUAUGAAGAGAACUCUAGCAAGAUGUAGGAAAUUUGAAGAAACAGCAAAAAGCUGCUAUAGUGAGCCUCCACUUCGGGAUAUUAUUUUGGCUGCACCUGCUCGUGGAAAUCUCGCUGAAUCCACGAGUUGCAUUGGCUCAGCUGUUAAAUUAAAUGUGCACCAUGGAACUCCUGACUCUCAAUAUGAUCCUGGUGCCUCAGGCGCUUUCCCUAGUGGAGCUGAAAGGUAUGAUCUUCUUAAUGAUAAAUGCGGCAGGGUUGCAACUGCUGCAAUUGGAACUCUGACGCAUACACAUGACCAUGAAUUUGCCAAAACUAGACCGUUAGUGAACAGAGGGAAGAAGAAAGAACUGCUGCUUGAUGAUGUUGGCAGCAAAGCUUCCUUCAGAACCGCCUCAUCUCUUGGGAAUACUCUGCCAGCUGGAACCAAGGGAAAGAGAAGCGAGAGAGAAAGGGACAAUACAUUAGUUAGAAAUCCUGUUACGAAAGCUGGCCGUGCAUCACAAGCUAAUGUCAAGGGUGACCGCAAAACCAAGUCAAAACCGAAGCAGAAGACUGCCCAGCUUUCCACUUCAGAUGGAAUUAGUAACAAGUUCAAAGAUACAAGUAGCAAUAAGAAAAGAGAAGGUGGCCUCAAUUCAUAUGGUUAUACUUCUCAAGAUUCAUUUAAAGAAAGCAGGGGAACAGCAGAUACUACAGACUUGCAGGAUUUAUCUUUAGAACUGGGUAUGGCUAAUGAUAUGGAUAACCAUCAGGAUCUGAGUAAUUUGUUUAACUUCGAUGAGGAUGGGCUACCAGAGAAUGACUUAAUGGGCCUUGAUUUACCCAUGGACGGCCUUGAGAUACCUAUGGAUGACCUUUCAGAUUUGAAUAUGCUCCUAUGAAGAUAGACGGUGUAGUGUAUAUUUCCAUAGAUUAAGUUGAGAUUAUAGUGCUUUUACAUGGGACCAACAUGCCAAUAUAAUUUAUGUCCCAUCCAAAUUUGCACUUGUAAUUAUGGUCAUUCUUUUUCAUACUUCUCUGCAGAAGUUAAAGAGAGAAGGAAAGAAAUUUUGUAUGUCAUGUAGACAUUUUCUGUUGUAACAAGUUACUUUCUUUUUUAUAAAUAUAAUUUUCUUUAUAGAA